GAGAAAGCUAAGAAAACAAUAACAAGCCUCCCCUUCGCCCCCGCCCCUUUCCGCGUAGCCAACCCCUUUGUGCUACAUGCCUGGACUUGAAGUUUUGAUGUGUACGUACCCUGCUUUUGGACAUGAAAGAAAGCUUUGUUUCUUUAUCCAACCGGCGUGUCAAGUGUCGCCGUCUGGGUGGGAGUGCGAAGCGUGUGGAGCACGGAGCACAGCACUUCGUCCACAUUUAUUGAUAGCGCUUAGGAGUUGUCAUUCCGUCUUGACGUAAAUUACCAGCUUUAUGGUCCUGCAACUCUUUGAAGAAGCAGGUAUCAUCCCUCGCCUCUCGUAUCUGUGCAACUGCGAAAGAGAAGUGUACGCCUUGACAGUGUCUUCGCCAACAUCCACAUGUCUCGUAAUAAAUUAAGAGAAGCAUGGCCCCUUGAAUAUGCGGUUGAACAUCAUGAAAUUUUCAGAGAGAAAGAACUUACCAGAAGGAACUUCACCUUCGCUAGUCCUCAGAUUCAACACCGGGCAUAUUUGGUAAGCUGGAUCCGAGUUCGAGCUGAAAAAUUCAACUUGGGCACAUGCACAGUUCACCUGUCAAUUUACCUCUUAGACAUAUUUAUGGAUAACUACAACAUUGAAUUGGAGAAGCUCCACCUUGUCGCUCUGAUCUGUCUUCAAAUUGCUUCUAAAUUUGAAGAAUAUGACAUUAGAACUCCAAAAAUCAGUCAACUGAACAGCGUUGCCAACAAUAGGUAUUCAACAUCAGACUUUCAUGAUUUGGAAGUGAUGAUGCUGACUUUCUUUGAUUGGAAUUUGAAUAUACCAACAGCAGCACACUUUGCCGAAUACUAUUCAUUGUUUACUGUAACUCGGACAGACUGGGAUCCAACAGAGUAUGUUUCUUAUGAAACAUUUUGGCAAGAAGCCCAAAGAGCUGUGAAAGAUUAUUUAGAGCUAUCUCUACUAGAUAUGUGUAUGAUUCAAUUCAUGCCCUCUGUAGUGGCAUGUGCAUGUAUUCUUCUAGCAAGGCAGCAAUUACGCCUUGCCUACAGAUGGACCAAAGAGCUGACUGCCAUUACUAAAUAUGUUUGUGAUGAUCUCGUAUUAUGUGCCAAUGCAAUUCUCAGUAGAAACCCCAAUCGUGGCAGCGAUUGUAAACGGAAGGUUGUAGAUUCUCCUGAUAUGGGUUAUGCAACUGGAGGCAGCAACAUCAGUACACCAGAAGGAACCUCUAGAAAACGGCGGGCCAUUAGAGAAGAUGGUCAUGCUACUAUUAACUAUUGAUUUUUUAAAAAAUGAUUUUUUUGUUUCGGUUUUGUUGAGUAUGAAUCAAUUGAUUGAUUUAUCAUUAAUGCAGUGAACAUUGUUACAUAUUCAUUUUGGGCCUGAAGAAGGCUAAUACUAGUCAGAGGCAUUUACCUUAAUUUUGAUUUAUAGAUCUGUUAAAUUUCAACCUUUUAUCAAUGUUUCAACAACAUAUCUUUUUAAGGUAAUAUUAUUUUCAGAGUUAAACUGUACAAUCAAGGAAGUCCUCAAUCAUCAACCAUCUCCUGCUGAGAUCUUCUGUGAAUUUUGUUAGAAACUUGAUUAUUAUUGAUAUUGAUCAACUUGUGGUAGUGGUCCUUUUUUGUUAAAAAGUAAGCAAAUUUGUAGUUGAGUCUUUCUUUUCCUGUAAAAACCUAUAAUACCGUGAGGGAAGAUAAAAAUGAAAUAAAUCAAGCUGUGCUCUA